CCGGUUCAUCGGCACCACUCGUUAGCUUCCUAUACCCUUAGAGGCGUCUUCACAGGUGCGUAAGCGCAGGUAAGCCCCCGCCGCCCGCCUGCUGCCCCCGCGCCGCCCGCGCACUCGCCCGCCAUCUUGAAUUCCGCUCACUCAGACCCGCGCCCGUCUCGCGGCCGCCGCACGUACGCCGUUCGUGUUGCGAGCGACCCGACAAUUAGUUAUCAAUUCCGGUGCCUUCGAGUGAUCGAGUGUCAUGUGAUAGUGCAAUGUUAAAAAUGGAAUCGACACCGAUCUGUCGGUGCCGCGUGUUGUAUCUCGGUUCUGCGGUGCCGCAACAGAGCAAGGACGGUUUACAGGGCAUCCAGGAGCCUUUGCGCGAGCUGUAUCCGGAAAAAGGAGCGACUACCGGCGGAAUAGACUCGUGGCUUUCGGUGUGGUCGAAUGGCAUCUUGCUAGAGAAUGUGGAUGAGAGUGGCUCGAGGGUAUCGAGGUUUUUCCCUAUAUCAAGUUUACACUAUUGUGCUGCCGUAAGACGUGUGAGUGUAGAGGGUGCACCUAGAUUUUUACCAUUGGAUUCUCCGUUUGCUAGAGCGCCAGCGGCGAGGCGACCUCCUUUAUUUGCGGCAGUUUUGCGCCGAACACAAGGUAUUAAGGUUCUAGAAUGUCACGCCUUCAUUUGCCGCCGCGAAGCUGCUGCGAACGCCCUUGUGAGAUGUUGUUUCCACGCUUAUGCUGAUAGUUCUUACGCAAAGCGCUUAGAGGCCGAACGAUCACCGUCGCAAUUACCUCCAGACCACGACGAGGAAGUGGAGGUAUUUGAUGGGGACGAAAACCAUAAGGUUUGGGUUGGAGAAAUAGAACGCGAUGAUGCAAGUGACGACAUUCCUCACCCGACUCGGGCGCCGCGCCCUCGACAGAUUACGCGGCCUGCGUCCGUGCCACCUCCACCGCCGCCACCAGAAGAGCCCAAAAAGAAAACAAUAUCAAAGAAAUCAAAAAAGAAGUCGUCUGCAUCUGCUGAUGAACUAUACGCAACGAUGCCAGGGCCAGCUGUAAUGAAUGGAAGGUCAUUGGGGCGUGCACCGCCAGCUUGGGCGGCGGCGGGACAUCCGAUGGUAUUAGUAGCACACCCGGCAGCUACUCUACCACACGCCAGACCCGCGACAAUGGGUCACAGGGGUCGUCUUCCAGCAGCUUUAGCCCCUGGCCCUUUUCCGCCGGUUCCUCCUCCUGGUCGAGGCCGCAUACAAUACGCGACAGUUGAUCCAAGACGUUCUAAGCCUCCACCAUCGGCUAUGAAAGCUGCUCAAAGUAUGACAGGCUUAGAAGCAGUGGAGGAUGCUGGAGGUAUCUACAGAAAAAAGGGUCAUUUGAACGAAAGAGCAUUCUCGUACAGUAUAAGACAAGAACAUAGAAGUCGAUCGCAUGGAUCUCUUGCUAAUCUAAAGUUCGCUGCUCCACCCGAGGUGGAGACAGGUCGAGAGGAACUCAAGAAAGAGCGUGAGAUAAUGCAGCUGGUGGCCGGUCUUCAGCUCAACUCGGAUGACGUUGAGCGCCGCGAAGUACCGCCUCAUAUGCUGCGUGCGCGGCAUGGACCAAGAUAACACCACGCCACGUCAUCAGUACCCAACCAGCCUCGAGUUUAAGAAUAAACGAAAACCGAGCGUGAAUAUAACACUUCAACGAAGCUAUUUCAACCAUGAAUUAUAUCGAUAGUAACAAGCAAUCGCACGGAUGUCGAAUAUCGAUUGCUAAAUUGAUUCGAUGUCAAUAUAGUACGACUCAUUUGCAUCUAUUUGUCACGAUUGUUCUCGUUCUAGAACGCUAUUCGAACCAUAGAGAAAAUAUCUGAUAUGGAUGUCAUGUCUUUGUUGUAUGCGAUUCGUUUUUCAUAUAUCAAUUGACAAAUGUGAACUGUCACUUUUCGAUUACAAUUUUUUUUUACAGUUUGAAGAUUUUCACAUCGCGUCACCUGUAAAUGACGAAUUUUCAUACAACGGACACGUAAAAAUAAAUGUAAAAUAUUUUACGAAAUUAAGAUUUUUCCGAUAUUAAUUUUUAUAACGGACUAAUGUAUUGUGUUAAAUGCUUCCACUGUCAGAUUAGUGUUCGUGUUAAUAACUUAUAAAUUGAGGAAAACAUGAAAAAAUAAUAUGAUAUUUAAUUGUUUCUAGCAAUAAAAUCACGCGAGCGUUCUUUUAAUUUGAAUGAGUUCGAAACAUUCUUAAAACACACGUCACUUAAUAUAGAGAACCAGUCAUAUAUAAUAAUUAAUAAGAUUUUAGUUAAUAAAAGAGAAAUGGAGAGAUUCCUCCGAAUAUAAAUGGUAUUUCGUCACGGAUAGUUACAUUGUGCGUAAAUAAAAUACAAUUCAAGUUUAUGCAAUGGUUAUAAAAAUUUAAAUAUCAUAAUGAAAGCGAUCUUUACGAAUACAAAAAAAAAAUGAAAUUAUUUUAUUUUUUUAACAAUUUUUCGUUAUUAUUAAAUGUACGAUUAAUUACAGAUCUGAAAGAAUUUUAAUGUAGUUUUUUAUUUAUAUUAUACUCUAUAUAUACCAACUCGCGCGGUUUCAUCUGCGUAAAACGAUUGUACGAGCCCGUUUCAUAGUUUGCUAUAUUGGUAGACUUUUUUAGUGAUUGUUCCGUUUCCCUAGCGUAAAAUUAUAUAGCCUAAACCUUCCUCAAUAAACGGGCUAUUUAACGCAAGAAGAAUCAUUCAAAUUAGACCGGUAGUUCCUGAGAUAAGCGCUUCCAACCAUAAAAAAACUCUCCAGCUUAAAAAUAGUAUAUUGGCUUUUUUCCGGCUGGUAUCUACGCUACUUGAGCACAAAAUAUUCUGCCAUGUCAAUUAAAAUAAUUUUAGAUGUAUUACUUUAACGAAAGGUACAUAAAAUACUACGUUACGCAGACUACGACAGAUGUCAUGUGUCAAUAAUAAAAAUGUAUUUUUAAUCUGUUUUUGUAUUGAAUUAAGUUCUGUUUACACAUGUGUACUUGUUUCAAGGCAGGCCACUCUAAAGAUCAAUUGUUAAUAAUUUUUUAAACAAUGUUCGUCCUAAGGUCGCUAUAAUAAAAUUGUAAUCCAUGUCGACUAGUAAAUAC